AUGCUCCAGGGCUCCUCCCUGGACUCGGUCCAGGAAGCCUUGCGGCUGCUGGAGUUGGUGCCCAGGAGCGCCCAGAACCGGGACCGGCUCCUCGAUGACCAGGCGCAGGCUCUGCUCUGGCUCUACAUCUGCACCCUAGAGUCCAAGCUGGAGAAGCUGCAGAGCAUAGAGAGGGUCCAGAGAGCCAAAGCUCAGGGGCUGAAGAACCUGGACGACUUUGAGCCCAACGACCUCAACUACGAAGGCAGGCUGCUGGAGGACAGGUUCCUGUACGACGGCAUCUCCUUCAACCUGGCGACAGAGACCGCUCUGUCCAAAAGCCUGGAUGAUGCCUUCGCCCUGUGGAAGCAGCUCCUGGUGACGCCGGGCGUCCUGGCCAUGCGCAGCCCCGAGCAGACUGUAGCCUCCCUGCAGCUCCUGGCAGCUCUGUACAAGCUGAUGGCCAAGCCCUUGCAAGCCAUGGAGAGCUACCUCCUGGUCAGAGCCCUGUGCAGCGCACUCGGGGACAGCCUGGGCAUGGCCGGCGCCCUGUGCCAGGUCACCAAGCUGCUCUUGCAGCUGGAGUGCCCCAGCUAUGCCCAGCUUUUCCUGGAGGAGACGGAGUCCUGCCUGCAGAAAGCCGACAGCAGCGACGAUUCCUACCUGCUGCUGCAGCAAACCUGCCUCCUGCUCCGCAGCCAGCUGUGCUGCGUCAACCGCCGGAUUGAAGAGGGUCUCACCCUGUUGCUGGGGGUGCUCCAGAACCCAGCUCUGCAAAGAAUCACCAAAGUCUGGUACCUGCUGCGAGCCCACGUCCUUCAGCUGGUGACCGUCUACCUAAGCCUCCCCCCUGCCUGCCUCUCGCUGGAGCUCCGGCAGUGCAUCUUUGUGCAAGGGUGGAAGACGCCUGAGACGGCUCUCACCGAAGCCUACAAGCUCUUCCGCAGCAUCAUCCUCCUGCUGAUGGGCAGCGACGUGCUGGGCUGUCAGACAACAGCGUCUGACGUCCAGUUUGUGGAUUACGGGGACAACCUGCUGCUGAAGUGGCAAGUGCUGGCCGACAUGCUGGCCUGCUCGGAGCAGCUCGUGGCUCUCCUCAGCAGGUUGAAGGUGGUGUGUAACGCCAAAGCCUUCUGCUUGGAGGCCGUCAAGCUGACCAUGAAACUGCAAGCCAUCCGGUGGUGUACUUCCUUCCUGGUGCUGAAGGCCCAGCUGGAGCUGCAGCAGAGCGAGCUGGAGCUGAGCCACUUCGACCUGCAGCAGGCUCUCUUCCUCCUGGAGUCUGACACCGAGUUUAGAGCCAGCGAGAAGCAGAAAGGCCAAACAAAGAUCCUGCCCAGGAAGGGCAAACGUGAGGGCAAGAAGCCACAGGACUCCGUCUCUGAGCCCCCCAGGGAAGAGGAGGGUUUCCUGAAGGGCCCUGCGCUGGAGUUUGUGGCCACAGUGAGUGGGCUGGAGAAGGCGGAUGCUCUCACCGCCUCACCAGAGCUGAAGCCCAAGAGGAGGAAGAGACUGGCCUUCCUCACCCACCCGGCAGCCUGCCCGUGCUGCCUCUGCUCCGACCUGGCCCUCUCGGCUCUCUGCCUGCGCUGGCUCCUCUCCUGCGCCCAGGGCGAGCUGGCAGCGGGCUGCGUGGCCGAGGGGCUGGAUCUGAUCCAUGCCAUGCUGCCGCGCUGCGCUGCUGUGGCCACCCGCUUCGCCGCCGUGCUGCGAGACAAGCUGUGGGGUGGCUCUGUCGGCCGGGACCUGCCUGCGCUGGAGCUGCUGGACGAUCUGGUUGUCGCUGGCUAUGCCACGUUGGCCCUUCAGAACCUGGCCAGCCCCCGGCUGGCGGAGGAGCUGCAGACAGGGUUGACUUUCCUAGCGUCCUGCAGACCCCACCUGCCCAGCCUGGAGGUCUCCAGGGCCAGCCUGCUGCUCGCCAAAGCCAUGGCCGCCAUUUUCCGCCUGGCCUCCAUUGACUCCCUGACGGCGUCUUUGCUGGCUCUUGGACCUGUCAGCUGCCCAUGCUGACUCCGGCGGAGCCUGAAGUGGUGGCUGCGCCUCUGACCCUCAAGACAGCCAAGGCUCAACCCCAAAGGCGCAAAAACAAGACAG